AGCCAGUUGUACUCGGAACAACAACCGAACACGACCGUCGACUUCAAACGAAGGAAUCCUCCUGCAAUCGAAGAUGCGAGCUUAUCUUGUUCUCUCCUGUCUCCUGUUGACAAUAGUUGGACUGGCCAACUCCCAGUCCGGGUAUGGGUACGGGUAUGGAAGCUAUUGCAUGGACCCAGGCUGCUCACAAUGCAAUGAUAAAACUCUCUCGGAGAUGAACCCUAAGUGUCCCUACGGAUGCAUCUACUACUACGGUGGCUAUAGACUGUACCAAUCCUUUGGAUGCCAAACACCGUCGUGCAUGACUCAAGCCAUGUGUAUCCCGUGCGUAGCCCAGUGCAAGCUUUCGACCAACAUGACCAUGGUGCCCGUUUACCGAUAUCAGACUCGGUACUACCUCGGCUGAGCAGAGUUUACCCAGCUAAGAAAGAUGAAUCGGUAAAUAAAUAAUUGAAAACGUC